AAGAGUGCAAGUUGGAUUGUCAUGUAGUAAGCAAUACAGAGGACGCAGGAUUUAUUAACUCAAGUUGUAAAUAUCAAUUUUAAGUUGCCGUCCCCUGGGUAAAUCGGCCUAUGAGGUAACCGUGUUAUCUUUUGCGUGCAUUAUUGGGCUUUUAAAGAUAUUUACGGAGGGAUUCAAAGCCAAAGUAUGUAUCGGUCUCUGUAUGCCUUUCGAUCCGCGGAGCCCAACUCGCUUCAGUUCGCAGCCGGGGAGAGCUUUCUGAUUCUGGAGCGAAGCAACAAACACUGGUGGCUUGGAUCUCGCUGCACCUCCGGUGAGACGGGAUACAUCCCCGCAUCUUAUGUCGAAAAGAUUCAGGCCCCAGAACAGGAUGAUGUGUUGCAGUCCAUCGACAGAGCAAUCGAAGGCAUCCAUAAUGUGGCUAUGAAGAAUGGGGGCAAAUACAAUCUUGAACAGAGAGAUGUCUUACAGAAGUUGAUCCACCACAGGAAGGAGACCCUGGCACGACGAAGCCCGACUCCAUCCAAGCACGGUCUGCCCUCCUCCACCAGCGAGCUGUCUCUCACCAACACCCCUCAGCCCCCCAAUGGGCUCAGUCGACGCCAGGCCAGAGUGCCAGUGUCUGGGAGUCUGGAGAACAUGCAAGGAGAACAAGGCUUUUACCAGGUUCCUCCUCAACCUCGCCGGGCAGCGCCCCUCACCCCACCCCCCCCUGAGAAGCAGAGAGCUACCAGACGUCCAGCGGCACCAGACAUUCCCUCCGAAGCGUCAUCUGUGCCUCCCUCUCCUGGCCCCGCUCCCGAUGCAGGCUUGGGCCUGUCCCCAGCCGUCAGCUCCGCCUCUCUAGACUCCAGCUCCUCCCACUCAGUGAUCUCCUCUGACAUCAGCCUUCCCAGUGUGGCCAGCACCCCGCCCCCAGUCCCAAGUCGGGUCAAGCCCCCUGCCCCCCAACCCGACGACACCCACCCCAACCCCCCACCACAGCCGCUUCCCUCAAACAGAGGCCCCGCACCUCAGCCUCCGUCCCAGCCCCAGCCCCAGCCCCAACCUACAAUACCCUUACAGCCCAGCUUGGAUGACCAAUCAGAAACAGAGUGGCCUGUAGCCCCUCCCCCUGUCACCGAGAGCCCCCUGGGGAGCCCCACCAGGGCGGAGCCCUUCCCCAUGACGACGGGGGCGGAGUUGAUCGAGCUGGUGCGUAAGAACACGGGCCUUAGUUAUGAGCUGUCGCGAGUGGCCGUUGGCGUUGUCGUGGGACACCUGCAGACCGCCUUACCUCAAGCUUCCACUGACUUAGAGAAAGUCCUUCUCUCACUGGUGGAGAACAAGGAUUUGGGUUCAGCAUUGCCGCGGGGACAAGUGUGCCACGACGAGCAGCGUCUGGAGGUGAUCUUCGGCGACCUGGCUCGCCAUCGCGAGGACUCCCAGCAGCGCAGCUGGGCCCUCCACGAGGAUCAGACCCUCAUAGCCUGCUACCUGGAAGAGCUGCUGAAGAUACUGACGGACGCAGACCCGGAGGUGUGUAACAAGAUGUGCAAGGCCAACCAUUCUGAACCGGUACUGUCACUGGUCUCCUACUAUCAGAUGGAACACCGUGUGUCCCUUCGCCUGCUGUUGCUCAAGGUGUUCGGAGCCAUGUGCAGCCUGGACGCAGCCCUCAUCUCCACCCUGCUCAACUCCAUUCUGCCCAUGGAGCUAGCCAGGGACUUACAGACAGACACCCAGGAACACCAGAAGAUGUGUUACACUGCUUUGGUGCUGACGAUGAUCUUCUCCAUGGGCGAACAAGUUCCCUAUCACCACUACGAGCACUUGAAUGCAGGGUUUGUCCAGUUCAUUCUGGACGUGGUGGAGGAGGGUCUUCCAUCAGACCCCACUGAGCAGCUGCCAGAUCUCUGUCUCAACCUCCUUCUGGCCUUCAACCUGCACCUCUCUGUGCCCAGUAACAACGUCAUCAUGCAGACUGUGAUGAAGAAAAACCCCAAGAUCCUCACAGAGAAAGUUCUGCUGCUGCUAAACAGAGGGGAUGACCCUGUGUGUGUCUUCAAACACGCCCCCCCGGCCCCACACUCUGUCCUUAAGUUCCUCCAGGAUGUCUUUGCCAGCCGAGAAUCUGCUGACAUCUUCUACCGCACUGACAUGAUGGUGAUGAUUGACAUCAUAGUUCGACAAAUCUCUGACCUGUCACCGGGAGACAAGUUGAGGAUGGAGUAUCUCUCCCUCAUGCACUCCAUCAUGCGCUCCACUGACUACUUGGAGCACCGACACCGCGUCAGUGACCUGCAGGGGGCGCUGCGCAUGAUUCUGAACGAGGAAGCAGAUGACGAGACCCUGGGCGAUGGGGGCGGAGCCACGGCCAAACAGAUGGAUAAACUAAUAGUACAGCAGGUCUAUAAGGAAUUUCCCCAACUGAACGAAAGCUGAAUAAGACACUUGUGGGAUUCCCCACAGUAGCCUGCUCUGUUAUCCUGUGGAGAUGUCGCUGUCUAUAUGCUUUGGGUUGACUGGUUAGCUAGCUGUGGGAACACAUCAGUGUCUCCGCUCCAGUAGUUUAGGCUAGAUUAUGGCUUGUCCUAGACUAAAUCACUCUUUCAAGAAGUCUGUUGAAGAUGAGGGUUGUUUUUAGUUUGGGGUUAAGAUUAAUCUAGACCUGGGAACCCAGUGGUAAAAUCUGCUUCCUUAAAAGGAAAAUAACUACUCUGAGUAGUUUAGUUUCCUGAUACCAUACUGUAUUCUUACACUGUUUUUUUUCUGUAUUUUCAUGUCUUUAACUCUAGCUCUUACUCCUUGGUGGCAUGGCAUCACAGUAGGUUUUUUUUUAAGACAAAAAGUUGUGUUCACUUAUCUGUGGUCCUGGCUCUUAACCUAAGGCAUAUCUUAAUUUUUGCUAUCUGCGCUAAUUGCUUUGUUACUUGGCAUAGUCUAGCCUGGGAGACUGAUCUGUCUCGUCAUGGUUAAUCUGCUCUGGCAGAGGGGUUUGGCCAAACUCCUGUUCAAACAGAUUUCCCUCUGGUAAGACGUGCCGUGCCAAUCCCAACCUUUUACCGGAUACGGGACUGGUUUAAUGCAAGUACCAUGGAGGCAUUUUGGAAAUCAACCAAGGUUGUGUUUCAUUCACUAUACAAUUCUAUACCACUGUGUCCAGGAGGAUUUGGUCUGUGCCCCUUGAUAAUGCCAGACUAUGCAUUUGCAAUUUUUGGUCUGGCGAUGCCAGGCUAGGCAUGGCCGUAAAAAGCUCGACAAAACAAGUGUUAGACAGGUCCUGUUCUGUGCUUCUGCUAGGAUACGGCUAGCUGCAGAGUAACAGUAUUAUAAAGCAAGGCUAAACCAGUGCAAUGGCUGCUUCUAAUACGUCUUCUAAACCAGCUCUGACUACUUGUGUGGACUAUGACUGAAAGGGAAUAUAUGUAUCCUUAAUGCACUUGUUGUUAAUGUUAAGGGAUUUUCAGAUGGCUCCACCUACUCACUUAACUUGUUUUGUAGUUGGUUUUCUUAAAUGUUUUAUGACAGUAGUGGUGUUUUAGCUGGUGAGAAUAUUCUCCACUAUUGUCCCUAAUUCAACACCCGACUAGUCAAUUUGAGGCUCACUUAACAAGCGAGGGCCUUCCACCCCAGACCAGUUCUGUACUGACCAGUGCCUGCCCAAGCCUUUAUGGGGCCUGAAGCAGAAUUAAUUUGGGGGGCCCUCUGUGACACCAAUACAAUAUAUAUAAUAUAUGUAUAUAUAAUUUAAUUAAGCUAUAAUUUCAUGUGCUUUUGGGGGGCCUCUAGUGGCCACGGGGGCCCUAAGCAGCCACUUAAUUUUCUCAUGCCUUGGGCCGGCUCUGGUACUGACCACUGUGUUCUCCAAUCCUUAUCCGUUUCAGACACUAAUCUAGUUUAUUCACCACAUGCCCUCGCAUCUGUUACAGUGAUGUCUCUUGGUUUCAUAUCUUAUCUUUAGUACUUUACACUUGGUUUAAUAAGAGGCAUUUGAGGAGGUGUUUUGUUUGAGUAACAUAAACAAAUCACAUACACAGUUGGUUUUAAUAACGUCUAUUCUUAUAUACUGUAUGUGUGUUCACGAGUGUUGAUCAGUAAAUUAAGUAUGAGUAACCCUACAUGUGAUUAAUGUAUGUUUUGUAAAUGGGUUUGUGAGACUGUUCGUCAUUUCCCCUUAAGCCUCUGCUUUCCCCUAAACCACCACCACUGUGUCAUGGUAACUACUUAAAAAUAUAUUUUCUAAAAGAAAGAUAGAAAAUGAAAUGGUUGGGAAAGGCGAUAUGGGUCAACUGUAUUUUCCUAAAGUUUACAAUGCCAAUAAACAUCUCAAU